CGUUGGAAUUUGCAUCGUGGUGUUGUUUGCGCCGAUUCAUUGGUCUUUUAUUUACACGUUGCAUAUCUUGCAUAUCGUCUGUGCCGUGCCAAGUCUGCAGUCGAAAUGUUUUUUUGCGCGGAGUCAUGAAUCGUUUUUCAAUGUGGAAAAGAAGGGGGAUUUUAAAUCUCUCCGUCCACUGUUUUUCUCUCUUCUGCCUAAUUCGGUAGCUUUCUGCCGGUAUAUAGUAAUACAGUGAUCGGAUAUAAUUGUUUUACGGUUGGACACUUUUGGACUGGAAAUUCGUACGUUUGACUGAAUACGAAAUCUCCGGUUAAGGUCGGACGGCCAGCCCAGAGCUGGUUCCUUUUGAUCUGUAUUGGAGGUAGCUCAUACAGUCGGUGUGAAGUCGUCUCUCUUUGGACUGGCCACCAAAAUAUCUGGCCAAAUCUGACCAGGUUGUGGGGGAAAAUGGAGGCUGUUAUCGAAAAAGAAUGCAGUGUAUUAGGUGGACUCUUUCAAACCAUUAUUACGGACAUGAAGAGUAGUUACCCAAUCUGGGAGGACUUCAUUAACAAAGCAGGGAAACUGCAGUCUCAGCUCAGGAGCACGGUUGUGGCAGCCGCCGCCUUUUUGGAUGCCUUUCAGAAAGUGGCCGACCUGGCCACCAGCACACGAGGUGGUACCAGGGAUAUCGGAUCAGCUCUUACUCGGAUGUGCAUGCGACAUCGAAGCAUUGAAGCCAAGCUGCGACAGUUCUCCAUGGCUUUCAUCGACUGCUUAAUUAACCCUCUGCAGGACCAGAUGGAAGAGUGGAAGAGAGGAGUGAAUACUCUGGAUAAGGACCAUGCCAAAGAGUAUAAGAGGGCCAGGCAAGAAAUCAAGAAGAAAUCUUCAGACACGCUGAAGCUGCAGAAAAAAGCAAAGAAAGCUGAUGCUUUGGGGAGAGGAGACAUUCAGCCCCAGCUGGACAGUGCCAUGCAGGACGUAAGUGAUAAAUAUCUGCUGCUGGAGGAGACGGAGAAACAGGCCGUGAGGAAGGCUCUGAUCGAGGAACGGGCGCGGUUCUGCACCUUCGUGUCCAUGCUCAGGCCUGUGGUGGAUGAAGAGAUCUCUAUGCUGGGAGAGAUCACCCAUCUCCAGACCAUCGCCGACGACCUGCAGGCUCUAACCGUGGACCCUCACAAACUGCCGCCCGCCAGCGAACAGGUCAUACAUGACUUGAAAGGUUCUGACUACAACUGGUCCUAUCAGACUCCACCAUCCUCACCCAGUACAACCAUGUCCAGAAAGUCCAGUAUGUGUAGCAGUCUGAACAGUGUCAACAGUAGCGACUCCCGAUCCAGUGGCUCGCUCUCUCACUCACCUUCCUCACACUGUCGCUACCGCAGCUCCACCCUGCCACAGCAGGUCCCCGCCCGCCUGUCCAGCAUCUCCUCCCACGACUCCGGCUUCAUCUCCCAGGAUGCCUUUCAGUCCAAGUCUCCCUCGCCGAUGCCCUCCGACACAGCGCCCCAGCCUGCCUCGAGCUCAGCGUCUUCAGAAGCCUCUGAGACUGCACAGUCAGUGAGCGAGUGCAGCUCUCCCUCCUCUGUCGGCUCCACAGAAAAGUUGCCAAACGGCUUUGAUCACUACGGUCCGGCUGACUCGUCAUACCUGAACGGAGGGACGGGGGGAUCCGGGGGGGGCUUUCCCUUCUUCCCUCCUCCUUCCUCCAUCUCCUCUUCCUCAUCCUCCUCUUCCUCCACCCUGCGCUCGUGGUCCCGGCCAGGCUCUGCCUUGUUGCCCGACUACCCGCACUAUUGUACCCUCGGACCGGGCAUGUUCCCAUCCUCUAAGGUCCCCAGCUGGAAGGACUGGGCUAAGCCAGGCCCAUACGAUCAGCCCAUGGUGAACACGCUGCGUCGGAAAAAAGAAACGAAAGAUCAAACAGACACCACGAUGACCUCCUCCACACAACCAGGCAUCACGAUGACCUCCCCCACACAACCAGGCCCAAUCAGCACUGCCCAGGAUGACAGCCAGAGAGCCAGGAGUGUGGCCACAACACCCAAGACAGAGGACAUUGAGGUGCAUGAGGAGCUGGCUCUAGCCCUAUCCCGUGGGUUACAGUUAGACACACAGAGAUCCAGCAGGGACUCUUUACAGUGCUCCAGUGGCUACAGCACCCAAACCACUACACCCUGCUGCUCCGAAGAUACCAUACCAUCCCAAGUGUCUGACUACGACUACUUCUCCGUCGGCGGGGAUCCGGACAUGGAGCAGCAGGAGUUUGACAAAUCCUCCACCAUCCCCCGGAACAGCGACAUUAGCCAGUCCUACCGCAAAAUGUUCCAGGCCAAACGGCCGGCGUCCACCGCGGGCCUCCCGUCCACGGCCGGCCCGGUCAUCGUCACUCCGGGCGUGGCCACCAUCCGCCGCACGCCUUCCACCAAGCCCUCCGUCCGCCGGGCCGCUGCUCUCGGCGUGGGCCCGAUCCCCAUAAAGACUCCCGUCAUUCCCGUCAGGACGCCCACGGUUCCCGACCUUCCGGGGGGGUUCCAGUCCGCUCCGGGCGGCAGCAACGGGACCGAGGAGGAGAUGGAAGAGCAGCCCAGCCCGGAGUCGCCCACCCUGAGGGAGGAGGGCGGAGAGCUGCCCAUGGCGUCGUGGAGUGGCCAGGCCUCCAUUAACCCCCCCUUCCUGCCCGGUCAGCAGCCCCCGUGUGAGGGCGGAGAUGGGGAGGGCAUGGACGACGUGGACUCCUCCGACCCCCAAGGAGACACGAUGCUCCUGGCCAUCCGACGAGGGGUCAAGCUGAAGAAGACGUCGACAAAUGAUCGGUCCGCACCGCGGAUUGCGUGAGAGGGAAAACGAGAGAGAGAGAGAGAGGAAGAGAACGAGAGAGAAAAGCAGGGGGGGG